AUGCCUUCCAAGCAGGGUCUCGAGAGAGAGGAUCACAAGCGUGAUGCCGACUUCAACAAGGCCCUUCACGGCAACUCGGCCAAGGCCACUGGUGGUGUUGCCGCCAUGUUCUCCAAGAACAAGGAGGCCAAGAAGGCUGCCAUGGACGAGUACUUCAAGCACUUUGACAACAAGAGGGCCGAGGACGAGACCGCUGAGGAUCGUGCGGCCCGAACCAAGGAGUAUGCUACUCUGACGAGACAUUAUUACAACCUCGCCACCGACCUUUACGAGUACGGCUGGGGACAGAGCUUCCACUUCUGCCGCUUCUCUCCCAAUGAGUCUUUCUACCAGGCCAUCGCCCGCCAUGAGCACUAUCUGGCCCACUCCAUCGGCAUCCAGGAGGGCAUGACCGUUCUCGACGUUGGCUGCGGUGUUGGUGGCCCGGCCCGCGAGAUCGCCAAGUUCACCGGCUGCAACGUUGUCGGUCUGAACAACAACGAUUACCAGAUCGAGCGAGCCACCCAAUACGCCGUCAAGGAGGGCCUUUCGGACCAGCUCAAGUUUGUCAAGGGCGACUUCAUGCAAAUGUCCUUCCCCGACAACAGCUUCGAUGCCGUGUACGCGAUUGAGGCGACAGUCCAUGCGCCCAAGCUCGAGGGUGUCUACGGCGAGAUUUUCCGUGUUCUCAAGCCCGGCGGUACCUUUGGCGUGUACGAGUGGCUCAUGACGGACAACUACGACAACGACAACGUUCGCCACCGUGAGAUCCGUCUGGGUAUCGAGCACGGUAACGGCAUCUCCAAUAUGUGCAAGAUCUCGGAGGGCGUUGCGGCCAUGGAGAAUGUUGGCUUUGAGCUGCUGAGGCACGAGGAUCUUGCUGACCGGGGCGAUGCCCUGCCUUGGUACUGGCCCCUGGCUGGUGAGCUCAAGUACCUCCAGUCCUAUGGCGACCUGUUCACCAUCCUGCGGAUGACGACGUGGGCCCGGACUGUCCUUCACGGCAUCGCCGGCGUCCUGGAGAAGGUCGGCGUGGCGCCCGCCGGCACCAAGAAGACCGCCGAUGCUCUGGCCAUUGGUGGCGACUCCCUCGUCGCUGGUGCCAGGGAAAACCUCUUCACGCCCAUGUACCUGAUGGUCGGACGCAAGCCCCAGAAGUAA